AUGUCAGACUCUACCCGUGACGGUGCUCGAACUCCUCCCAACCAACCUGCCGUUGCUCCCAACGCCGACCCCCCCCCGUCAGUUGGACACACUCCGAUUAAAAAGAAAGCUGCUGGUCACGGACCGUUUGCUGUCAAAAACCCCACGAUGAUAGACAGGCGUCUUGAGCUCGCUGAAGGGACGCGUGGCAUGGCCCAGGGCCCGAUGCCAGCCCGCGACUUUAUGAACGAGUUCUUGCCGUGGAACGAAACCACUCCGAUGCAAUUCAGAAAGCUCCAGCCCAGCAAAGAACGACUGAAUAAAUUGACGGACAUGGCUACCGCUUCCGAAGCCAAAACCUACGAAUUAUUUCUCGAAGCUUUCUCCGGCUGGCCUUUUGAUCUCAAACCUGAAGACCGACGUCCAAGAUAUGCACACUGUGUUCUUCAGUGGAAUGACAGCCAUGCCACCCCGGAUAAGUUCUGUGAUUCGCUCUCUGUGGACGUCAACGCCGUCGAUGUCAGUCGGCCGACUAUCAGGCGGUGCGACGCGCGCAAGCUCGAUUUCGCUAACGUCGAGACUCACACCGAAAUGAAGCCCAAGGUGUGGGAUGAUCCUUACUGUGACGGAGAUGCUGUAUCGGACGGCGAAGAAGACGACAAUGAAGACAUUGAACAAUACGAGGGGAAUGAUGCCUCGGCUGAUAAAGUGGAGGAUGAGGACAAUGGUGCCCAAGCUGACGAAUGCGAAGAAGACUAUCUGCCUGAAGAUCUGGGAGAACUUGACGUUGCAAAUGACGAAGAUCCCAAGAAAG